AUGGAUCUAGCCAAUGGAACCACAGUCCAGGAAUUCAUUUUGCUAGGGUUUGAAAUUGGGCAGCAGAAACGGUUCCUGCUCCUUGCCAUUUUUGCUGUUCUCUACAUCCUCACCUUGGUUGAGAACAUCACUAUCAUCAUGCUGGUACAUGUAGAUGCCCACUUGGCCUGUCUUCCCAUGUACAUCCUGCUGAGCAACUUCUCCUGGCUAGAGAUGUGCUACGUGUCCACCACUGUGCCCCGGAUGCUCUUCGACCUGGCAUUCCCACACGGGAUCAUUUCCUUCCAUGAGUGCUUCCUCCAGUUCUACAUCUUCUUCUCUCUCGGCGACACCGAAUGCUUCUUCCUAUCAGCCAUGGCCUUGGAUCGGUACUUGGCCAUCUGCCACCCGCUGCGUUACCCACAAAUGAUGUCCAAAGAUUCCUGCUAUGCCCUGGUGGCAACUUGUUGGACCUUUGGCUUUCUGUGGCACAUUGUCCCAGUUAUUUUGAUCUCCAAGUUGUCUUUCUGUGGCCCCAACAUCAUUGACCAUUUUGUAUGUGAUCCUGGGCCAGUUCUCUCACUGGCUUGCUCUCCACGCAAAAACAUUCUUGUCAUCUACCAGUUUUCCAUGGAUGCUAUGGUUAUCCUAGGCAACCUGUUAUUUGUUGUGCUAUCCUAUGGCGCUGUGAUUUUCACACUGAUGAAAUCUUCUAGCCAAGGCAGUCGCAUGAAAGCCUUCUCCACCAUAUCCUUCCACCUAAUAGUGGUCACCCUUUUCUAUGGCACAGUGGCGGGGAUGUACGUAGCUCCGAGUGGAAAAAGUCACUCACACGUCUCCAAAUUAGUAACACUCUUCUACACUGCAAUUACACCAUUUCUGAAUCCUUUGAUCUACUGUCUGAGGAAUGAUCAGGUGAGGGAGGCACUGGGCAGGUUGAAGAGGAGAAAGAUGACAGAAGGAGGAAACUUAGGGAAGGGCCGUAGCAUUCUCUAUGUUCUCACUUUGGCUGAGAACAUCCUGAUUAUCACACUGGUGGUUCUGGACACCCAUUUAUCCCAGCUUCCCAUGUACAUCCUGCUGAGUAACUUCUCUUGGUUGGAGGUGUGCUACGUGAGUGCAACUGUGCCCCGUAUGCUCUUUGACCUGGCGUCCCCUCAUGGAGGGAUCAUUCCCUUUCAUGCCUGUUUGGUCCAGGUCUACUUCUUCUUUUCUCUUGGUAGCACCGAAUGCUUCUUCCUCUCAGUCAUGGCCUUAGAUCGGUAUUUGGCCAUCUGCCACCCUCUGCGUUACCCACAAAUCAUGUCCCCAGAGUCCUGCUAUGUCCUGGUGGCUACUUGUUGGGUCCUUGGCUUCCUAUGGAACAUUGCCCCAGUGACUUUGAUCUCCACGUUGUCCUUCUGUGGCCCAAACAUUAUUGAUAAUUUGUUAUGUGAUCCUGGCCUAAUACUGUCCCUAGCCAGUCCUCCACUAGGAAAUGUUCCUUUCAUCUGUCAGAUUUCUAUGACUUCUGGGGUUUUAGUAAAUAUCUUCUUUGUUGUGCUCUCCUACGGUACUGUGAUUCUCACUCUGGUGAAAACAUCUAGCCAGGGCAGUCAUAAGAAGGCUUUCUCCACCAUUUCUUUCCACCUAAUUGUGGUGACACUUUUCUAUGGGUCAGUGGCAGCGGCUAAUUUAAUUCCACGGGGGGAAAGCCAGUCAGAUAUCAAUGCAGCAGUGACACUGUUCUACACUGCUGUCACACCCUUUCUCAACCCCCUGAUCUACUGUUUGAGGAAUGAUCAGGUGAAAGAGGCCCUGGGCAGGUUGUUGACGAGAAUGGAGAAAUGA